CUGGGCGUUUUAGUUAGAGAAGCGCUAUGCGACCUUGACAACGCAGUUGAUUGGAAUAAGAGAUGUCAUUCUAUGUUGUUCAAUUCUUGGAGCUGCCAUAUGAAGGAAUUAAUAAUUAUGUAUGCGUACCACACACUUGGGUAAUAGUAGGAAAAGUGCAAGAUGAGAAAGCUGUUAUUGCCUACCCUGCAGACGAAGAUCCUUCUCUUACAAGAGAUCGUGUAAAAAGAAAGGAAAGAUGCAAUGAUGAGUGGAGAUAUUAUAUGGCCUACGUCAAAUAUCGGUCAACUAAUUACAAAAUUGCAGAACAUUGGAUAACUAAAUAUGAAUCUGGAGCAAUAAGAAUAAAUACAAACAAUUUAUUAGCAAUAGAAAGUGGAAGAAUACCCGGUACGCAGCGCGAAUCUACAUUGAACACGAAUUCAGGGAGUGUUGCUCAAGGUCACUCGUCGACCUUUUAUAAUCCUCGGAAACGUCUGUUGACAGAGCCAAUUAAGCGACCAGCGCUACCAGAACCUGCCCAACAAUCUAAUGGAAAACAGUUAAAAUUGAAUAGACCUGCUCCGUCAUCUAGCACUUCGGUUACUGCCUCUAAGCCUGCCUCAGAGUCAAAAAAGGAGCAGCCAACCAGCAUUCAAGAAAACCAACACACGAAACUCAUUCAGACUCAAGUGGCUGCUGCCGUUUCGAAUAGUACUCAAACUCAGCGUACUCAAACUGCAAGGAAAGCUACAAAAGUCAAAAAAGAAGAGCUGUCUUCUAUUCUGUCGAAUUUAGUGAAAUCAGUUAAACGAACGUUAUCGGCUACUAAUAAACACAUUCAAAGCCAACAGCAAUUGCAAGCAGAGCCGAAUGAACAAUCGACUGAAUAUAACAAUGGGGGUUUAAUAUCGAGUCUGAAAAAUAUCACUGGAUCAGUAACCAGCAAUAAAGAUAACGUAACAGACAAUAAAGGUCAAAAAUGCGAGAGCGAGGUAGAACCUUUGUCGUCGUAUUCAACUUCGGAUUCCGAUGUAGUUACGGAUGAAGAAAUUUCAGAUAACAAGUUAUCUACAGACAGAGCACCUAUUGAGAGAAUUAAUGACAACACUAGCACUGGUAUCUCUGUUGCGAGUGGUUCUGCACAUAUGCCAACAGCUGCUCAAAACGUUAGAUCUCAUACCAGAUCUAUUUUAGAGCAGCAAAUGUUGGAUCAUUUUGCUUCUCUCUUUACUCAAAUGGGCUCUACUUUGCGUUAUACUUGUGAUAUGUACAAUACUUUACGGAGUUCUAUUCUCGAAACUGUCCAGAUAUAUAAAAAGUUACUGGGUGCAGUCGAACAAUUUAACUCGGCGCAACAAAAUUCUGCAAGCAACGAAUCUUUUUCGAUUAACCUGACACCAGAAGUCCGACAAUCUCCUGAUGAAAGACAUACUGAAAUGUCUGCAAGUAAUAUUUCAUGCAUCCAAGAUCAAAACAGUAAUGACGAUGCAAACACACCACUGGAAAUAAACCACAAUUCAUGGCGUUUUGUUCUACCAGCGGAAUAUGAUCGUAAUGAUACAAAAUGGACAUUGAAGUACAAAAAAAAUCUACCAGGACUCGUAGAACUUGUGCCUCAGAGUGGUGUUUACGUCAGUUACGCAGAUCUCAAAUACUGCUUGGAAGUAUCAAAGGACUGCAAAUCAUUAGCAAGACGAUUAUUAACAAUCGUAUUCACAAGAAACGCCCUCAGUAUUUGUUUAUCAAUAACUGAAAGAACGCAGGUUUCUAACAAUAUUGGUUCUAAUGCAAGGCCAGAAUUAGAUGAUCACGCGUGUGCGAUGCUCUUAAAUUUCGUUCUAAAGCAUGGAUUUCAACGUGGUUGGAAUACUGACUUAAACCCUAUACUCAGUAUGAUACAUAGUAAAAUUCGAGAAGUUCGGUUUAGGUACGGUGUCAUGGUUCAAUGCUAGUUAGCAUUGUAGUAGUUACAGCAAUUACGAUGAUAUGUUUGUCAUAUGGGGAGCCGAUCAAUGUUCCUUUAUUAUUAAUGCUAAGAAUUUAACGAUGAUUGAAACUACUUUAUCUAAUGUCAUUGAUAUAAUAUUAAAUGGAAAAGCAGGACAAUGACAAUUAGUCUAGCCCCUUUCUCGUUGAUGCAGUCAUUGAUACAGUUGUUAUCGCGUGAGCAUAGAACCGAGAGGUACUAAGUUCGAUACUGAGACGUUUUUGUGAGGACUUACAAAAAUCGUCUCGGUAGGGCAGGACACAGAAGGUGUAUAUAACAAGUAUAGUAGUACUACUUAGAUGUUGAGACGAAUCGAUGUUAUAUGUUAGCUGAUUGUAAAUUAAAAUUUAUACCAAAAAGUUUAAUUUAAGGAACAAUGUUACCUCGAUAAGUACAAUAAAUAGUAUUCGCAAUAA